AUGAACCACUUUCCCACCACGUCCAAACGACAAGAGCGAUGGCCUCGUGUUGCCCCGUGUCCCUGCAGACAACCACAAUGCCGACUUCGUGGACACCAUGAUGCCGUACUACCGGUCAAGACGAACAGCGAGUCCUCUUUUGACAGAUCAUCGCAGUUACGCAAAGUAAACGGGACGCCGAGAUUGAUUGAAGACGACAUCAAGGAAAGGCACAAACGUAAACGUGCUGAGAUCAGUAAGUAUCGUCGUCGGGAGCAGUGUCGAGCUAAUCAAGCUCGAUACCGAGACAAACAGAAAAUCGCACAGUUGGCACUGGACAAGAGUGUUGAGGAGCUGCAUCAGGAGUUGGAGAUUUUAAAACGUCGAUAUCGAGACGUGUCGUCUCACGAGAGGAGUAAUCAUAGUUCAUGGUUGAUUGCUGCAGAAGUCUUUCGACUAAUCGAGACCGGCUUCCGUUCGCCGUGGAGCAUGUCCAAUACUCAGGAGAUGAAAAAGUAUACGGAGACUCGACAGAUCGUGGUUACUCUAGAGCGAGCGUUUGCACACGAUGUCGCGAUGGGUGAGCUACGCGGAGUUGAUGCUUUGAUGGAUCAGCUGCGAUUAUACUCGCAUUGCUUUGACAAACCGAGCUUGCAGCUCCAACGUAUCGAGUCGGUCGGUUCCGUGAUGUCUGCCCAAGCAAAGCUCAGCGUGACGGUGACUGAGUUCACGUUGCAGUACCUUUUUCCUCAUUUGGAGAAGCCAGCAGGUGAAUACCAAGUGAAAGCUGGCCGCGAACAAUUGUACCAGCAACUAUUGGGCCAGCGUCUUGAGUGCAGCUGCUUGAUGACUUUUUUAUUCGACAAAGAUAGUUAUCGUGUGGUGCGUUUGGCGACUACGAUCGACUUGAUGCCGGCUUUGCUACGGGUGUUGGGGAGUCUAAGGGACGUAUCGAUAGUUCUCGAGCAUGCUCAAAUUUCUUCGGAGAGCGUGAUUAGCAGGCUUGAUGCUGUUAGGGAUAGCAUGUAG